AUCGCUGAGUUGGCAAAUCUUUAUUUGAGCAUCGGAGAUCUACAAGAAAUGAUGAAAGCUUUAUUCCUCACAUUGACAAACUUAGUUUCAAUUGGAAAAUUCUACGUAAUAUGCAAAAAUCAAAAACAUCUACUUUGUCUAGCCGAUAAAAUAAAUCGUGAAGAAUUUCAACCUAAAUCAUCGAAACAAGCUAAAUGUCUAAAAAAAUAUAUUAGUCUGUCUAAAAUAAUUUCCUUCAGUUUGUAUACCGGAUGUACGUUGACCUGCGGUUUUUGGUCAAUUUAUCCCUAUACGGAAGAAGAUGGUCCGUUUUUGCCAAUAGCGGCGUAUGUACCUUUCAAUACCAGUAAUUCCCGUGUAUUUGGUUUAGUUUAUGCUUACGAAAUUAUUGCUACCUUGAUUGGAGGAUAUACAGAUUUAAGCGUGGACGCUCUUAUGGCAAGUUUAAUCAUCGUUAUAUGUGCACAAUUGCAUAUUUUAAAUGACUCCUUAAUUAAUCUGAAUCAAAUGGCGAAGAAAGAGCUGGAACGAAAGAGAUCUACGUGGAUUAUUUCAUCUAAAAGGGAAGAUAUAAUUAACCAGAAACUUAUUGAAUGCAUUGAGCAUCAUAGAGCUAUAAUCGAUUUUGCUGAUAAUGUAACUGGACUCUUCACAAUGUGUAUGUUUUGGCAAUUUGUCGUUAGUGGAUUUGUUUUUUGUGCAACUUUUUUCGAAAUGACAAUGGUACCCGUAAUAAGCGUAAGAUUUUUCUCCAUGGUUUUAUAUCAGUAUUGUAUGCUGCUUGAAAUAUUUCCAAUUUGUUACUUUGGUAAUGAAGUUAUUGUAGAGAGUGACAGAUUAACCAAUUCAGCAUAUCAUAGUGACUGGAUAAACUAUUCUUUUCAAGUUCGGAAAAACUUGAUAUUUUUCAUGACGAGAUCCCAAAGACUACUUAAACUAUACGCAGGAGGAUUUUUCACUAUGUCUUUGGACACAUUUAUAAAAAUUUUGAAAUCAUCCUGGUCUUUCGUAGCAGUUCUUAUUCAAAUACAGAAUAAAAAUGAAAACAUUGAUUAAGCAACAUGUUCACUAAUCAAACAAGACAUGCAUAUAAUAUGACAUAUUUUUGUGUGCCAUUUUUAAAUGAUACAUGCACUUCAAUUUUGAACAUAUAUUCAAGUUAAAAGAAGUCCAAUAAAGUAACUAA